CUGCCCGCGCUGUCUUCCGGGUAGCGCGAGCCUCCGGGCUGGGGUUCCGGACGCUAGGGCGUCCGCGCCGGCUGGCCGGCCUGCCUCCCUCCGUCCCUCGCUUUUGGGUCGUGGUUACCCAUCGCCCUUUGCAGGCUUGACCCGGGGCCUCCUUCGCUUUCUGUGUCCCUCGCGGGGCCCCAUUGGUUCGCAAUGCCGGGCCUUGGGCCCUGGGCAGUGUGACGCUACCCGAGUGCGGACUGGGACACACGCACGAGGCCGGCUAGGGCUGAGCCGCUUCUACCCUCCCGCUCUCUCCCAGGUUACCCCAAAGUAGCGUUUCCCGGAAGCAGCAGCCGUUCUGAGGGGAUGGGCGCAGCCAGGCCAGAUGGACGAGAAGACCAAGAAAGCAGAGGAGAUGGCCCUGAGCCUUGCCCGGGCAGUGGCUGGCGGAGAUGAACAGGCUGCUAUCAAGUAUGCCACCUGGCUGGCAGAGCAGAGGGUGCCCCUCAGGGUGCAAGUAAAACCUGAGGUCUCCCUAACACAGGACAUCAGGCUUCGAGUGAGUGUGGAGGAUGCUUACAUGCACACUGUCACCAUCUGGCUCAUGGUACGCCCUGACAUGACAGUGGCCUCCCUCAAGGAUAUGGUAUUCCUGGACUAUGGCUUCCCACCCAGCCUGCAGCAGUGGGUGUUUGGACAGAGGCUGGCACGAGACCAGGAGACCUUGCAUUCCCACUGCAUUCGGAGGACCGGAGACUGUGCCUAUCUCUACCUGCUGUCAGCCCGCAACACGUCACUCAACCCGCAAGAGCUGCAGCGGCAGCGGCAGCUGCGCAUGUUGGAAGAUUUGGGCUUCAAGGACCUCACCCUGCAGCCACGGGGCCCCUUGGAGCCUGUCUUCCCUAAGCCCAGGACCCACCAGGAGCCGGGACAGCCAGAUGCAGCACCAGAGUCCCCGCCGGUGGGCUGGCAGUGUCCUGGCUGCACUUUCAUCAACAAACCCACACGGCCUGGGUGUGAGAUGUGCUGUCGUGCAAGGCCGGAGACCUACCAGAUACCUGCCUCGUACCAGCCUGACGAGGAAGAGCGAGCACGCCUGGCUGGGGAGGAGGAGGCGCUGCGCCAGUACCAGCAGCGGAGACAGCAGCAGCAGGAGGGGAACUAUCUGCAGCACGUGCAGCUGGAGCAGAGGAGCCUGGUGCUGAACACCGAGCCUGCUGAGUGCCCUGUGUGCUACGCAGGGCUCGCACCCGGCGAGGCCGUGGUGCUGCGGGAGUGUCUGCACGCCUUCUGCAGGGAGUGCCUGCAGGGCACCAUCCGAAACAGCCAGGAGGCGGAGGUAUCCUGCCCCUUCAUUGACAGCACCUACUCAUGCCCUGGCAAGCUGCUGGAGAGGGAGAUUCGGGCGCUCCUGUCCCCUGAGGACUACCAGCGUUUCCUGGACCUGGGUGUGUCCAUCGCAGAGAACCGAAGCACCUUGAGCUACCACUGCAAGACCCCCGACUGCAGGGGCUGGUGCUUCUUUGAGGAUGAUGUCAACGAGUUCACCUGUCCUGUGUGCACCCGUGUCAACUGUCUGCUCUGCAAGGCCAUCCAUGAGCGCAUGAAUUGCAGGGAGUACCAGGACGACUUGGCCCUUCGGGCUCAGAACGAUGUGGCUGCCCGGCAGACUACGGAGAUGCUAAGGGUGAUGCUGCAGCAAGGCGAGGCCAUGCAUUGCCCACAGUGCCGGAUUGUGGUGCAGAAGAAGGAUGGCUGCGACUGGAUCCGCUGUACAGUCUGCCACACUGAGAUCUGCUGGGUCACCAAGGGCCCACGCUGGGGCCCUGGGGGCCCAGGGGACACCAGUGGUGGCUGCCGCUGCCGGGUCAAUGGGAUUCCAUGCCACCCAAGCUGUCAAAACUGCCACUAAGCCGAAGAUGGUGGCUCUCAUACUGACCCAGCCUCACAUGUAUAGCAGGGCUAGGCCAGGGACUUUUAGCUCUGGCCACCAUACCUUUAAGCUUGGUAAGGAAGAAAGCCUGAGCUGUACUGCAAUCUGAUUGCUGUCACAAGAACCAGCUGAGCUGAUGUCAGUCGCACUGCCACUGCUGCUUCAAGGGGCUGCUGUGCAGACCUCAUGGCCCUGGGCUAGCUACCCUUCCCUUGCUAGCCACCAGCCUUAAUUAAACACAGCCUUGCCCUAAGGCCUGGCUGGCUAGUGCUCUGAGCCUCAGAGUGACUGUUUCCUCUCAGCUUGCCCCUGAGGACCCUUGCUGGCUUUCUGGGCACUUCUUAAAGCUGAUGUGAAUCUAUCCAGGACCCAGGUAGAUUGGUAGGUCAGGAAACAGCCCAUGGGGUCCAGCUCUGCAUCCCCCUCUUUAAGUCAAUUAAAGUGGUUUUCCAGGAAGGGAAACGUGUCAUGCUUGAGGGAACAAAUGUCCUAGCCUGGGUACCACAGGCAGGAUAGUGAGCUCUGGAGAGCUUGGAACAGAACCUGGAGGUGAUCUGUUGGUUCUGCUGGUUGGGGAAAUAAGGCUGACUCAGCUUUGGGACCCCUGUAGCAGACCUGGCUCCACUUGCCCAACUCUUGGGACAAGGUUGCUUGGGCAAUAUUCACCCAGACUGAUAAAAUUUAUUGAGAAGGGUUUGAAGCUUAGAGGGAUGCUAGAGGCCACAGCAGCAGCUGGAGGCUGGGAAGAAAGGCGUGGCUGCUCCCUCUUUGGGUAUCUAAGGGAAAGAGCAGAGGAGUUUCUGAAACUGCUGAAAUCGAGCAGGGAGGUCCAUUCUGCUUUAACAGCAGAUGCAAGAAGGAAAAGCCAUGCUGUGAUGUCUGUUCUGGUGGUUUCUCUCCACUGCGGCCCAUUCAGCUCCUUCUUCUGAGAUUGAGUAUUACUGUCUUCCCACAAUGUGAUCCUUAAUAAGCCUCACUCCAGAUGCUAGGGCAUGUAGCUUUUCCAGGGUGAGUGUUUUCCAGCCCCUGGAGUAUGUAUCCUUGGACAGACCUAUAGCCUCAGUGGGGUCAGAAAGGAACCUGGACAGUGAAGAAUUGCUUUGAUUUUAGAUAGGUCUAUGUAGCCCAGGCUAUCCUUGAACUCACAGCAAUCUUUUCCCUUGCCUUGGCCUCCAUGGUAUUGGGAAAACAGACACGCACCAAGCGUGGCCUGAUCAAGACUUGUUAGACAUGUACCCUUCCUUGAUUACCCAGGUGACAAAGUCCCACUUGUCCUUGUGUUUGGGUCCUCAUGCCCUCAGCUGCCUAGGACUUUCAGACUUCUCUUCAGCCCUCUGCAGCUGGAGGUUGGGCCCUGUCCUGUUGGCUGAGGUUCACAGUUGCCCUGUCAAAGGACAUCACAGGCUGCUAUCCUGUUGUGGAGCAAGGACCCGCAAAUGCCUAACAGCAGCUCCAGGCUUCUCGCUGCCUCCUCUGCAGCCACAGGCAGAAAAGUGGGGCCCAGCUACUGCACACUCUUCCUGCCAGGAGCAGGGCUGUCUAGAGGCUAGAUCAGCGCUUCUCAACCUUGCUAAUGCUGUGACCCUUUAAUACAGUUCAUGUUGUGGUGACCCUCCAACCAUAAAAUUAUUUAUUGCUACUUCAUAACUGUAAUUUUGCUGUUAUGAAUCAUAAUGUCAGUAUUUUUGAAGAUGGGGUUUGCCAAAGGGGUUGUGACGGAGAGGCUGAGAACAGCUAGACUAGAGCGAGGCAGUUCUCGGGUGUUCAGUAGACAGAAGCUAGUCAGGACAGGCUGGUUUGCCUUUCAAAAUAGGCUGUUGGGGUCUGAAUUCAAGUGCUGCCUUCUGAGUUGAAAGCCUGCAAAGCAAAAAAGGCCAGAGCACUCUAGGCGUGUCCUGUACCUGUCAUCUAGUUGUGAGGUGUCCACAGCAGGUACAGAAUGAAGCCCACGCUUCCUGUGUGACUGUACUUAGAAAACAUCUUUGCUGGGGCUGAAGAGACAACUCAGUGGCUGAGAGAAUUCUUACAAGAGGACCUGAGUUCAGCUUCUCACACCUGCACUCCCAUCUUCUGACCUCUAAGGACACCUGCAAUCAUAUACACAUAAUUGGAAAACAAAACUGUAAAGAAAACAAACAA